AAAACUCGAAAAAGAUUCUAAACAUUGAUUGAACCGACCAGACGCUUUCAAAAACCAAAAAAUGAGUGUAUCGAAAGCAGAAGCUUCAGAGUACCACUCCAAAGACUUCAACUGGGAGACUCUCAGACAAGAAAUAGAAAACGACCCUUCUCUUAACUACCAUCUUCUCCCUUUUAAUUCCCCACAACCAGAAGAACAACAUUCAAAUGAUUCAAUAAAAGCAUGGCAAAACUUUCAUGUCCAACACUCUUCUGGCAAGUUCUUCAAGGAAAGGAGGUACUUGUUGAAAGAAUUUCCAGAGUUGGUUUCUUGUGCAGAUGGUUCUAAGGUUUUGGAGGUGGGGUGUGGAAAUGGCAGUACUGCCCUUCCUAUAUUGCGUGGCAAUGAGAAAAUUAUUCUAUAUGCAUGUGAUUGUAGCAAUGAGACCCUAGAGAGAGCUAAAGAGUUUAUAGCUGCUAGUAAUGUAGCUUCAGUUGAGCAUCGUUUGCACCCAUUCUAUUGUGACUUUGCAACAACUGGAUUUCCAAAGUUUUUGGCUUGUGAUUAUUGCAGAGAAAUGUUUUCAUGCAAGGAUCAAAAUUGCCUUUCAGAUGUUGGAGAAAAAAGAACCCAUGAAACUGAUUCAUUGUCAAUGGAAGAAAGAAGUUGUUGUGUUGGCGGUGUGGACUUUGUUACCUUGAUAUUCACACUAUCAGCAGUACCACUCCAAACAAUGCCAACAGCCAUCAGAGAGUGCUUUUCUGUCUUAAAACCUGGAGGCUUGCUCUUGUUUAGGGACUACGGUCUCUAUGAUAUGACGAUGCUGCGGUUUGAAUCGGACCAAAGAGUUGGAUUCAGGGAAUACAUGCGUUCAGAUGGCACCCGUUCUUAUUUUUUCUGUCUAGAUACUGCUAGAAAUCUCUUCAUUUCUGCUGGCUUCAUUGAGCUUGAGAUCGAAUAUUGUUGUGUAAAGUCAGUGAAUCGCCGAAAUGGGGAAAGCAUGCGAAGAGUAUGGGUACACGGUAAAUUCCAGAAGCCCUAAUGAAUCUACCCAUCAGCAGCUAUUGUUGAGUUCCUUUUGAUUCUUGGAACAUGCUGAAGGAAAUUGCUGAUAGACGUUGCUUGUCCCUGUGUGUGCUUGUUUUGGUUUCCAAUUUCUUGUAGAGGACAUGUGCAGUGGAUGAUAUAUUCAAUCAGAUUGCAUGGAAAACAUAAGAUGAAGUUAUUGGAACCUUCGGAGUAUCAUAUAACUAUUGUUUCAUACGGUUAAUUCGUUAUGUUAAUAUAACAAGUUCUUAGGCAAGCCAAAUCCAAUUUUAGGGCCUUGGGCACUUUUGUUAAUUGAGUUUUAUAUCAGGGCCUUGGACAUUGGCCUUUCUAGAGUUUAUGCGUCACCAUGCAUAUAUGUAGCAUACUGCAUAGACACAUGCUAUCAUCAUCUUUAACUAUACAUGCAGAUGCAUGCAUAUGUGAAUGUUGAAUUGAAUUUGGCUCAUUUCUCAAUCAUCAUAGAUUAAAAUUGCUGGUGUUUUUAAUCCAGAAAACAAAAUGAAAAUGAAGAAAAUAUUAAAUGCUUCCAACCGACAAAACUAUAUUGUGCCCCUUUCCAAGUGGUUGUCUACUCAUAUUAAAGACUUAAAUUCAAUUGCUAUCAUUUCAAGACUCUAGAUGCAUGCACGUAUAUAUAAGAAUGUGA